CUAAGCGAGAGGAGCUGACGGAAAGCGUCACCAGAGCUUUCGACCGAGGUGACCUCCAAGAAGCCAAGAGCCUCCUGGCCAAAAUGAAGUAUUUCACCAACCUGGAAGAGAAAGUCAAGGCCAAGAAGGUCUCCCCUUGAACCUGCGCUGAGACAGCUUCCCCACCUUCACCACGGAGGCCAUUUUGAAUCUGCUCCAGCAGCCAUUUUGGAAUUACCCAGAGGUCUCCUGGUGGCCAUUUUGAAAUCUUCUUGGGACACUGUUUGGACGCCAUUUUAACAUCUACCUAGAUGCUCCCUGGCAGCCAUUUUGAUAUCUCCCUGAAGGUUUUCGGGGCGCCAUUUUAACCUCUACCUGAGCACUGUAGGGCGGCCAUUUUAACAUCUAUCCAGACACAUUUUGACAGCUCCCUGAAAGUUUUCUGGGGUCCAUUUUUAUGUCUGUUGGAAGAGCCACAGAACAGCCAUUUUACCUGGGGCCCACUGGGCAGCUUAAUGUCUUUACAGAGGCAGACUGGCAGCCAUUUUGGCAUCUCCUUAAAGGUUUCCCGGUGGCCAUUUUAACAUCUGAUGGUGGACUCACUUAAACUUGUACCUAAAAGCCAUUUCUUUGCCAUUUUAAUGUCUGCCUGGAUGCCCUCAGCAUCCAUUCUGAGGUGAUCUGGCAGCCAUUUUGACAUCUGCCUGAAGGAUUUCCGGGAGCCAUUUUUAUGUCACACAGUGGCCAAUUUAACGCCUUUGUGAGGCAGCCUGACGGCCAUUUUGGCAUCUCCUUGUAGGUUUUCUGGCAGCCAUUUUAACAUCUGAUAAUGGACUCUACAACAAUUAAACUUGUACUGAGACACCAUUUCUUGGCCUUGUUACUGUCUGCCUGGAUGCGCUCACCAUCCAUUGUGAGGCAAUCUGGCAACCAUUUUGACAUCUCGGAGGUUUUCUGGCUGCCAUUUUAACAUCUGUUAGUGGGCUCUAUGGCAGUCAACUUGUACCUAAAAGCCAUUCCUUGGCCAUUUUAACAUCUGCCUGGAUGCCCUCAGCCACCAUUCUGAGGUUAUCUGGCGGGCAUUUUGACAUCUGCUUAGAGGUUUUCUGGUCCCCAUUUGAACCUCUGCUCUACGGCAGCCAUUUUAACUUGUACCUAAAAGCCAUUUUUUAGCCGUUUUAAUGUCUGCCUGGAUGUCCUCAGCCGCCAUUCUGGGGUAAUCUGGCAGCCAUUUUGACAUCCCUCUGGCAGCCAUUUUGUUACCCUCCUUAUGCAGCGGGGAAGACCCUGAAACAAAAAGACCUCUCAAAAUGAAUACAAUAAAUGAAUUUAAAUUAAAACAUGGCGCCAAAGUGUUCCAAACUGCCAUUUUGUGUCUUUAUAAGGAUGAUGAAGGCUAAUUAGAGCUGGGUCUUAAGUCUGAUAAUUAUCUUUUGAUUUUGGGGAAGAUGGAGCUCCCCUCAGGGCUAGACUUCUAUGUGAGGUAAUGCAGUGCGAAAGCUAUAUGUAUUGGCAUCUUUAGUCAUCCAAAAACCUCGAGCCGCCAUUUUGAGGAAGAUGGAGCGGAAACAAAGAGUACAAUAAUGACAAAUGGAGAUAAAAAUGGUUACUCAGAACAGUGGAUGGUAGAAGCAUAAUUAAUAAAGGAGAAUAAGCAUAUAAUGAAUAAUAAAAGUGCCAUAUUAUGAAUAUAAUAAUAACAGUGUCAUGAAUAAAUGGACCAUGCUUUUAAAAACGUUUUUUCAUGUGGGGAUGACAGGACAAAAUGCCUUCCCUCUGGCCCUCCUUCUUCCCUGAAGUUGGUUACUCCUGAAUCUGAAGGAUCUAAUUUAUUUGUUUAUUAUUUAUUUAUUGUUUAUCUGGUGAUAAACAAUGCCUUCCUCCCUAUAAAUGGCCAUAUUUCCAUUCC